AUGUCUACCAUUAAUGAAACACAGGGUAAUAUCGGUUCCGAAUCGGAGACAGAUCUUCCUAUCUCUGAGGAUUAUGGUCCCGUCAUGAUUGAGAUUCAUGUCUAUGACCCUGUUUCCAAGAGCACUGAGAUGACAAAGUUUGUCAAAGUUGUGAAUUGCAAUCAAGACAUGACAAUGGGUGGCAUUCGGCAAUUGCUCAACCGUAAUGGGGCACUAAACUCACGACAGAGAGCAAGCCCAUUUUGCAACAAGAUUGGGGCGGUCGCCAGUGAGGAGCUACUUUUCAAGGAUUAUAUAAAGUCCCUUGACCGUGGGCAGAAGGCAAAUGGUGAAAGUGGCAGUCAGGACAAGAAGAGCCAACCCCAAUCCGAGGAAGAAGAGCAGACUGUUUGUGUCUACUUAAAGACAGGAAACAUCCUCACCGGGAUGGACGAGGCAACCAAGGAAUAUGUCAGACAGAAGCUGGACAUUGAGCUAAGAAAAGCGGAGCUCGCCAAGGCGGGUGAUAUUAAACUACCGGAUACCUUGUACGACCAUAGCAGCUGGAUGGCCAAGGCAGCCGACAAUGAACCGACCUAUGCUGUCGAAAUGUCUGAGGAGCAAUGGGACCUCGUGGUUCGGUGCAAUUCUCUUCUCCAUGGAAGCUGUGUGAGGAAGCCAGCACCAGGCAUCCAACGGCCAGUCCAGCGUGCCAUGUACCCAGCAUUCACGUUGAAACAUCGCCGUUUCCCAGCUCGCAAGGUGAAUCUCGACAAUAACAAUAUUCACGUCCCUGAUCAAAAUCUGUUUAUCCCUCGCUUCAUCGUUAAUGAUGAAUCUUACGUUGAGGUCACAGAGUCACAGUCCUCUGUCUCAAGAGCUAUUGCCCAAGCAUGUCUUUCGGAGAUGGCUGCCGAGGCAGCAGUUGGUGGUGGCUUGUUUGGGUAUAGCUUUGGGGCAAAGGGCGCUUAUGAGAAUGAGGAGAAUGCCGCCAAUUCCAGUAGGAGUGCUACAGAAAGGAAGAUGAUGACAAUUACCUAUAACUUCCCGCGCGUGUUGCUCCAACUCGAUGAAGACAGUCUCGAACUCACGGAUGAAUGCAGGGAUGAUGCCCGAAGGGUCGAAACCAAGGACGAUGUGCAGGCCUUUAAAGAUAAAUAUGGCUGCUUUUUCACAACGCGUGUUGAGCUUGGUGGCCGGCUUCAUGCUACUGAAGAGUCUGAAGCCAUGGGUAGCCAAACCAUCGCCGAGAGAUCCAAGGCGAUGAAGUACUCUGCUGGUGUCUCCUUUUCCUCUUCCUUCAUGCAGGCCUCUGGCAGUUAUAGCUCUGGGUCUGCCACCUCCGGGAGCGAAGAAAGGAGUGAGAGUAAACUCACCAGUACUUUGACAUGGGAAGCAAAGGGAGGUGAUCCAUUAUUGUGCAACAAUCCAGCUGCAUGGUGUAACACAGUAGGUCCGUACAAGAAUUGGCGAGUGGUUAAGCAAGAUGCCCCUAUCGCGAUCGAAAAGCUCUUAGUCCGAGUUGACCCGAAUCUGGCAAAUAUCCCGCUUUGUAGAGGUAUAUCCGAAAAGGUCGACCCUACACCUACGCCACCUGUACCUCCUGGUAGGCGUCAGGGAAAGAUUACACUAUGCUUCAAACAUCAGAGCUCAUCGAAGUACCUUACGGUCCGACCAGAACCAAGUCGAGAUGCUAGCCUGUGCAGCAAAAUGUUGGACGAUAUGAAUAAACAUCCUCACCAUAGUUAUAUUUGGGGUGGGUUGAUACCCCUGUUGCGGGACGGACAUCCGCGGCCCCUCUUUCUAGAGGCUCCAGACAGCACGGUGCCCAACUCAGUCAACCCUCAGGUGUUCCGAGUGCAGGGGGAGAUGUACUUUGACGAAAAUGGCCAGGGAAAGCUGAUCAACAAUGACAUUUAUACCAUUACCAAUACCUUCACAGGCGUGGAGCUCAAAUGUACUCCCACAUUUCCGGAAUACAAAACAUCCUAUUUGGUGGACAUGCCCAAUAUGCCGCUUGCAAGAUGCAAAUUUGUGGCUGAGAAUAUUCAGCGCGAUAUACUUGACGAAAGCCAGGACUGCAAGGUUCACUGGGAAUUUGUGGGCGAGGGAAAUAGACCUAUGGGAAAAAUUGGCUUUCUUGAAGUUGGCACGCUAGGCACAUCGGACGGCGUUGAUGCUGCGGUGUUUAACCUCCAGUAUAUGUAA